UCCACUACAUCAUUUCUUAGAGCACAAUAAUGUUUCAUCACAUUUAUAUAUAAUAACUUUUUCAGUCAUCCCCCAAUUUAUGGACACUCCCUCAGAUUUCCAUUCUUUGCUAACUCAGCAAUAUCUAUAAAUAUUUUUAUAUAUAUCCUUAGAGUAUAUUUUACUUAGGAAUAAUCUUUUCUUUAAUAUACCUUUUCUCUAAUUUCCUCUCUCACUUUUUCUUUCUCUCCUAUUUCUCUGUUGAGGGAAAUGCAUUUUGGUAUUCAACUGUGUGUGUUUGUGUCUGUGAGUGUAUGUGUAUGCAUGUAUGUAUUCUUCCUUCUUUUGAUCAGUUUAGGUGAAUGAAGUUAAAAUGUCAUUUGUUCCCUCAAACUUCUCUUUGUUUUCAUAAAUGUCUACUUGUACACCCUGAUCAUAUAAGCUAAUUUUACUUAACCUUCUUUUCCCUCUUGUCCUCAGUAUAAUCUUCUUUCCUUCUCUCUCCAUUCUUUUCUUACAGUCAUCAAGCUACAACAGAACCACUCACAGACCUUGUUUAAUUAAAUUCUCCCUAUGGAUCCUGAUGAUAGUAGGGUUCAGAGGGGACAUAUGUAUCACUUCUCCACAUUUGAAUGCAUGCAGUUUAUCCUUGUUUAGUCUCUAAAUAUUGUUUAUUCAUGUUUACCUUUUUAUAUUUAUCUUAAUUCCUAUGUUGGAAUUUCAAAGUUUCUAUGCGACUGAGAUCUUUUUAUGAAGAAUGAUUGGAAUACUCUUUCAUUUCCUUUUUUCCCCUCUCUUUGUAACAUUGUUGCCUCAUGAAAUAUCAUAUUUUAAAUUCUCCAUUCCUUUAGAGUGGUGGUUGCAAAAUCAUGUGAGAGCCUGAUUAUGCCUCCUUGGUACUUGAAUUCUUCUUCUUCUUUUUUUUUCUGGAUGCUUGUUAUAUAAUUUUUAUUGUUCUGGAAACUCUGGAUUUUAGGUAUGAUGUUCCUGGGACUUCUUUCAAGAAAGUGAUUGUGGAUUCCUUCAAUUGCCCAUUUGGCCUCUAGUUCUAAGAGAUUUGUGCAGUUUUCUUGAGAUAUGAUGAUGAUGUCUAAGGUCAUUUUUUUUUUUAAAUUUGGUCACAGCAUUCAGAUAGUCCAAUGAUUCUUGAUUUCUUUUUUCUCCUUGAUCUUUCUUCCAGGCCAAUUGUUUUUGCUAUUAAAUUUUCUUCUGUUUUCAGUCUUUUAAUUUUGUUAUAUAAUAUUUUGACUUCUAUUUGGUCCAUUCUAAUUUUCAGGAGUUUGUUGCUUAGUCAAAAUUUUUUUGCCUCUUAUGCUAAGCUUUAAUUUUUCUUUUCUAAUUCUUUCUGCUUUAGUUUUCUACCCCCAUCCCACCCCAUUUUUCCUCAAGCAUUCUCAUGACAAAGAUAUUUUAUAACUUUUUAAAAACAUUUGUUUAAUUUCUUCCAGGGAUUCUUCCUGUUUACAUCCAAAAUGUAUUUUUAUUUUUCUUGGAGGGUUUGCUUGUACAUGUUUUGGAGUUAUUCUCUUCUGCUACAUUAAUGUUUGAGUUUCUUUGCUACCACAGUGUCUCUUUCUGGUGGGAUUCCUUUUUUGCUUGCUUGCUUAUUCUUCCAGCUCACUUUUUAACUUCAGACCUGAUGUUAAGCCCAGCCUCUGUUCACUUCUAGGGGAAGGUUUUGAUUAUUGAAAGGGAGGAAAAGGCAGGGGGAAUGGAGUGUUGGGCACCUCAUGUGUAUAUGUGAUUGAAUGAAGGGAGGAAAGGAAUAGAAAGGGGAGUAAGUGGUUCCAGAGAUUGAUUUGAUCACUUUCACAAGCUUUCUCUCUGACUUAAUCAUCAUUUCAUUUUCUAAAAUUAUUUCUUAGUAGGAAAAAAAUUAUAUAAUGGACUAAUGACCAGGACUCUGAAACCCUAAUUUCCAGUUUCAGCUCUAAACUGGGGCCAUCUGGAGACUUGGAUUCAAAAUUCAAGUGUUGUCAUUUACCAACUGGUUCUGUUACUGUGAGCAAGUUACUUAAUCUCUCUCUGAGUUUCAAUUUCCUUAUCUUUAAUAGAUGGGGUUGAACUAGAUAAUCUAAUGUAGAGUUCCUUCCAGUUCUUUAUUCUAUGUUCUUAUCAUUUAAUUGCUAUGUGCUUUGGGAAAGUUUCCACUUUCUCAUCUGUAAAAUGAGGAUAGUAUUACUUCUAUUAGCUAGUUUUCAGGAUUUAAUUGAUUUCACUAAGGAUUAAAUGAGAUCACAAUAUAUAAAGCAUUUAAAAGGUUUAUAUAUGCAUCCGGUCAUAUUUUUUCAUUUGUAACACCAGGGGUACUGCUUGUCAGAUUUUGUUCAAUAAAGAGGAUAAGGUUCUGGUAAUCUCAUGCUUGUACAAGUUAUGCACUUCACCCAACCCCAGAGGUUACAGUAGAGUAGUCACUAAGCUCUCUGUUGGUCUCAAAUAGAUGGCUACCUUAGUCCUCUAGUCCUGCCCAUUUUGUGGGUUGUGGCACUCUUUGUUGUUGGAAGUAUGGAGUGUGCCCAUUUAUAUAAUUAGAUUCUGUCCCUGCCCUAACCUACUAGGGGACUCUAGUCCUUCAUUCUGUUUUUCAAUAGAAAUUGUUCAACACAGUUUAAGCUUAUGUAGUUCUUUAUCUGUUAGCACAGAAGCAAAAGGAAUAUAAUUAACUGCAUUAAAAUCACUUCUUUAGAGGAGGUUCAUCUAUAGCUUCUGCAGAAGGGGGCCAUCCAGAUAGUUCUAAUUAAACUACAGGCAUAUGUAAGGAGUUACAGGAACACACCUCUGGGACUUAGAGUCAUAUGUUUUCCUCAGUUGCUCCCACAGAGUGCUAGUAAACAUCUUCCAGAUUGUUCAGUUUAUGGUCAAACCAUCUAAUGGAUCAACGUCCUGUUGGAUCUGGACUCAAAACUUAGUUAUCUCAUCACUCAUUGCUUUUCCUCCCUUACAAUUAUUGGUAAAAGUGACUUCCUUCUGACUGGUGUGCCUGGUUCAUUAACUGGGCUCAGGCUGUAUAGGAGCCCAAUCACGACACUUUUCAUUUCAUUUUUUGUAGAGUAGAAGAGCAAGCGUCGAGAGAGACUCCUUGACACCCACUAUUCUGUCAUCUCUACUUGUUGGGGUGUCAACUAUAUGCUCAGUGAAUUGAAAGCCAGAUCUAGAGACAGAAGUUCCUGGAUUCAAAUCUGGCCUCAGACACAAUACACAGCGUUGAUUCUAAGACAGAAGGUGACCCUGGUGGAUAGGAUGGCAUCUGUUGUCAAUGGCACAGGCCCUGUCUUGCUGAUGCUGCUCUCUCUGUGGGUGCUUCCUGGAUACUCUGAAGACCUGGCCUGGCAGGAGUUCAUGAAGCAACACCAUCUGAGCCUAGGCUUGGAUUUCAACCAGCUGAGCUGUGAAGGUCUUAUGGGUGCCAAGGAAUCUCUGAAGGGCAAAGCCUCCCACACUUUCAUCUAUGCUUUUUGGAGCCAGAUAGAAGAUAUAUGCUAUAGGGAUGGGUUAGAUCGAUAUGAGAAUGUGCAGGUAUGGAGCAAGAAACCAUUCAAAAUCCUUACUUGUGAGCAGCUGGAAUCAGGUCAAGGCUAUAGGAGCAUUAGUAGCUAUAGCUAUGUAGAGCUCCACUGUGGCUUGAAUGGAUUCCCUGUGAGCCUAGAGGACAUCAAGGUAAAGAAGAUAAUCUCAAAUUAGGGAGCUGUCUCUAUUUAUGCCCCAAGCUAAUAUUCCCUGACUAAGGGGGCUAUUUGCUACCUGGGACUAUGUUUUCCUGCCCAGCUCAAGGUUGGAACACUGAAUAAGCUUGAUGAAGUUAAUAGUUUAUUUCUCAACAGUGGAGAGAAUCUGAGCCAAGACAUUACCCUGCCCUCUUACCUGUUCCUUCUUCUAUCUCUCCCCCACAUGUCCCACCCCACUCAGUCAUCAAAAACUAAGAAGAUUAAAAGGCAGAGAUAUAGGAAGAGGAAUAUAAAAUACCAAAAGAUCAAAGGUUGAUCCCUCAGGUAUUCAUCAUGGUGUAGGAUAGACUUUUAGAGAGGAAAGGAAUUGUAGCAAGUUCUAAUCAAGUCUCUCUCCUUGGGAGAUAUGAAGGUGGGAGAGUUUAUGAUGGUUUGGGGAAAAGGCAAUUAGAUUAGAAGAAAAUUUUUCUUCAAAUUGGCUCUCCCACUGUUUUCACAAGGUGAUAGUUCUUCCUUUCACUGAAUAAAAUUUUCUUUCACUUCAAGGUUUGAAGAGAUGCAUGUGUUUAUGUAUAAUAAAGUUGUAUGCUUUCAGUCAAGGCUGUGUUGCAUAGAGGAAGGAGCACUGAACUUGUAGUUUGAAUUUGAAUCCCAGAUUUGUCACUUAUCAGCUAUGUGUCUUUGGACAGUCCACUUAAUCCCUCUUGGCCCCAGUUACCUCCUCUCUAAAAUGUGGGGUUGGAGUAGAUGUUUUCAGAUUUUCCCAUCAUCUCUAUUUCUAGAUUCGUCCAACCUGUGUGAACUCAGGCAAGUCACUAACCUAUUUAGAACAUCAUUUCCUCAUGUGUAAAGUAAGAGUUUUGCAUUAGAUAACUUGUAAAAUUCCUUCCAGAUUUCUGCUGAUCAUUCUAUAAUCCUACAAAAGUAGGGGGUGAGACAUGUACAUAGAUAAAUAAUCAGAACCUUAUAAGAGGAGUAUAAAAUACUAUCAGAUACACAAGAGAAAUCAUGCCCAGGUGCAGAAAUCAGAGCAAGUUUCAUAAAGGAGAAGGCAUUUGAACUAGGUUUUAAAGGAUGCAUUAGAUGUCAAUGAAAGGAGAUGUAGGCAUGGGGUGGGUGAGGUAGUAAACAACAUGAACAAAGUUACAGAAGGAGGAAAGUGAGGGGUAUAUUCUGUAGGUAGCAAAAAUAAUACACAUUUAAUUGUGACAUAGAUAAAGGGAAGGUAAAGCAGUGUGAGACAAAGCAGGAAAGGUUAACUAGAAUCAGAAUGGAAGGCCAAGGAGUUUAGGUGUUCAGGAGACAUGGAAGAAUAUAAAAUAGUAUUGAUUGAAUUAACUGGCCACCCUGCAAUGUUCUAUGCUGUUGCAACCUCUCUGCAUCUCUUUCUUUGUCUAUAGAAGGAGAGGGUUAGGCUAGGUAAUAAUUAGUUUCCUGCUAUAAUGGAUGGGGAAAUGGAGCCACCCACUACUACUUUGAGGUUAGAGAGUGAGAGAGAUGGGAGCAAGAAGGUGGAAAGGGGGGAUAUAUUCCUCACUUUCCUCCCCUCACUUUCCCUAGCAAAACCAGCACUGGUUGUCUUCAGAAGUACAGAAUAUAUCCUUUCAGAGACUGGGUUGAAUGUAAAGUUGAGGACUGAAACUGAUUCUUCUUCCUUGAGGAGAAAGUAUAGCUCUCCUCCCCAAGCUUCAGGUCUCUCUCUCUGGAUAUUAUAAGCAGGCACUUGAUCCAAGGAAUAACUAUUUAUUCUAAUGGGACACCCACAAGAUAGGGUAAACAGGAUUGUUGGGUAAGGAAGUGGGAAGUGGGCAAUAGAAGAUCCCUAAGGGAUAACAACUAACCCCCUCCCCAAAUCCUGAAGGGUCAUGCUGCUUGCCUGACCCUCCUAAGUCAGUUGUGAGAGUUGUCUUGACUUUUAUCUACCCUAGUUGUAGUAUGAAGUUCAAGGACAAACUUUAGGGGAUGGAGAGAAAAGUCUUCUUUGGAUGGAUGGCUUUAUAAUAAAAGUCCUAUCCACUCCUUUUCUCAUCAGCUGGAUCCAAGGGGUUUUGAGUUCACAUAGAGAUGGUCAAUGUUCAGAAGGUCCUCUGCCUCAGAGAUUUAUCUUAGACCAACCACCAAAGGUUCCCAAAGAGAAGUGAAGUAACUGCUUUGAAUCUCCUCAGCUUUUCUGUUCCUUUCUGGAAUUCUCUGUCUUCCUUGCACUUCCCCUGCUUGGGUUGCUCUUUUUGCAUGCUGAAUAUGAUUUUCCUCUCUUACACUGCCAAACUUUCAAAAUUAUGUAAGCUGGUCAGAAAUGCAGUAUAGGUACCAUUCUGAGCCUUGAAUAUACAUGCUAGAUUCUAUCUAAGGGUGACAGGGUGACUUUUUUAGUACAUAGUUAUCUUGGGUACAUUCAAGAUGAUCUCUCCUAUUCCAAUUUGACACCUUGGUUCAGCAAUCAAUAAAGUAUAACAAAAACUUGUGACUGACUAGCCUUUCAUCAGAGGUCCAAGGCAUGUAGACUAGACUAUUCAAGGAGUACCCAAAGACCUGCCAUUUUCAACAUUCUUCAAGAGAACAUGUUCAUUUUCAUGGCAUUCAUUCAUUAAGAUUCUCCACUAUAAGGCCAACUAAUUUUAAUGUUUCAUUGAAGCUUUAAGGUGACUUUGAGGUCCCCAAAUCUAGAAAGUGCCCACCACUGAUGAUCAUAAAAUAAAGACUCUAAGAAAACUUGUCCAAGGUACUUUACAGGGGAUUUUUGUCUUAGGUAAAGCUUAGAAUUAUUGGUUGAUUCCUAUUAUACCUGUCAGUUUUAGCAUUCUUUAUUUUUGUUUUUGUUAUUAACCACUUCAAUGAUCAAAUCAUAUUGCUGUUGGCAAAAGUUCAGGUAAUUCUGUAUUGUUCAGUGUGAACAUAAACAAACAUUUUCCUAAGAAAACUAAUGAAACAGAUUAAAUUUGUCUUUGUCA